GUUUUGGGCAACUUGUUUGACACGGAACGUUUUCGACGUCGGAACUAUUUUUGUCCAUUACUUUGGGUCAACGAAGGCUGUCAAAUUCCAUGGUUGGUCGUUUUCAUAAUAUGACUUUUGGGGGCGAAUUCAGAGAUGCUCUCUGUUGUAUUUAGAAGAAGGACCGUAACUACCCCGAUGUUAUUGCACUUGGGACGACCCCAAACAAAAUGUUGGGCAUCGUCACUUCUCAGAGGAACUAAUGAUGUAUCAGACCCUCAAUCGGUCACCUGGGCCUCCCUUCCCAGGCAGUCCACUGAAUGGCUUCAGGUUUCAAGGGAACAGUUUUCUCCUUCCGUCCUUGCUUUCAUCAGGAGUGGGCUCUUCCCGAGGUCUCCAUUUCAUUUGGCUUUUACAGCAAGGAAUCAAUAUUUCCAUUCUUCUGUUGUAAGGCGAAAGAAGCGACUACAGCCUGAAACUCCUCCCAGAGAACUGGACCUUCUACGCUAUGACAUGAAGGAUUUCUGGAAGAGUCCCAAACCAGCUCUGUGGCUGGGGUUUGCUGGACUGGUCCCCUUUGUUGCCCCUCCUCUUUUUAUGGGCGUGACUGAAAACUACCUUCCCGAGAUUGCCUACGCUCAGUUGACCUACGGCGUUUCCAUUGUUUCCUUCCUGGGCGGAGCUCGUUGGGGGUUCGCCCUCCCUGAGAGCAGCCCGGCUAAACCGGACUGGAUUAACCUGAGCAACAGUGUGAUUCCUUCACUCUUAGCCUGGGUUACCAUGCUAAUGUCUGAGAGUAUUGUUCCUGCAGCAACCAUGGUUAUCAUGGCACUCGGAAUCUCACUUCACUACGAUCUGUCACUGCUGCCUACUUAUCCCUGCUGGUUUAAAGCCCUGCGUUCCGUCUUGACCGCGGUGGCAUUUUUUUCCCUAGUUGGUACACUCGUCGUGCAUGGAAUUUACCCAGAGAAGAAUUUUUUUUCAGAGUGAAGGAUCAUCCAGAGAUUGACGGUCUUGUCGCAUUCACGCAAUGUUCAUGAUGGACGUUUUGCAGAAAGGAUAAUGCUGUCAGUUUUAUUGUGAGUGCACAUGGAAAUUACAUCAAAAAUGGUUUGAGGAGGUUUUGAGUGAUGACAUAUUAAUUGCAUGGGCGUAUGGUGUAUUUGACAUUAAUUCAGUCAAAUUAAUUAAAUAUUAUGAUAAAAUAUGAACCAAAAUGGCAUGGUGGACAACUGAUUUUGAGCAUCUGCCGCACAGUUCUGAUGACCUUGGUUCAAAUCCCGACCCCACCUUUUUGGAGUUUGCAUGUUCUCGCCUUGCCUGUGUGGGUUUUUUCCAAACAAUAUUUUUUUUUCUUCAUUGACAUUUUCAUUGUAAUUUUGGAAUAACACAAAAUGAUUCUUUAAAAUGUUCUGAUGGGAAUGUAAAUGCUGUAAUCUGAAUCUUUGAAUGACCCAUGUAACUUAAAUGGAUGACACUGAUCUGACCACAGUGCAUAUGUUUAAUGUUGCUCACAGUGGUCAAAGGGGGUGCUCACGGCCUUAGUUUGUUUGCUCAGACACAAGGUGAGAGUUAAAAAGGAUCCAUACAUUUUCUUUGCCGCUUAUCCUCACAAGUGUCGUGGGGAGUCCUGGAGCCUAUCCUAGCUGUCAACGGGCAGGCGGCAGGGAACACCCUGAACUGGUUGGCAGCCAAUCACAGGGCACAUCGAGACAAGGAGCCGCACUCACAAUCACACCUCGGGCCAAUUUAGAGUGUCCAAUUAAUGUUGGAUGUUUUGGGGAUGUGGGACGAAACCCACGCAGGCACGAGGAGAACAUGCACACUCCACACAGGCGGGUCCAGGAUUGAACCCGGGACCUCAGAACUGUGAGGCCAACACUUUUCCAGCUAAAAGACUGUGCCGCCAGUUCAGAAGCAAUUACUUGUAAAAAUGUCUGUAUUAUUUACUGAUAACGAAACAAUAAUUGUUGUCUAAUUCAUGUGUUCCAAUCACUUAAAAAAACAAGAAAUUAAAACGUUUCUGAAUGGAUACAAUAUACAUGCUAUGAAACCACGCUUGCAUGCCAUGAUGCAAAUCUGAAUUCAAUUUAGUUUCACUUCUAGUAGUUUGAAUUUGUAAAUUUUUGGGGUAAAUAAUGAACGAUCAUAUCGUGUACAAUUUGAAAACAGAAUAGCAUUUAUUUAUCGAUGCACUAGAUAUAUUUAAUAAUUCAUACUCCAAUUUAUAAAACAUGCACAUUAACAUAACAUUAACACUGGUGAUCAUCCUUUGAUCAUGCUUGCAGCCCCCAGACCCUCGGGUAUUUUUCAAUCUUUUUUCAAUCAGUCCAAUCACAUUCCUGAUGGAAGGAUGAAACAAAGUCACAGCACUUCAAGAGUUUUCAAUGAAAACAUUUGCGGUCAGAGAGAAGUCAUAUGGUUUUGUGGUUCCCAGAGAAGAAAAGUGACCUUCCUUGCACCAUUUCCAUAAAGUUGAAUGCAAAAAAAAAAAUGUCCAUAAUGUCUGAAUGUGAUUUAAUAUUCAGGGGGAACAAGCCAAAUCCUGACUUAAAUUGUUCUUUCUCCCUAUUGUGUAAUUAUCAUGUCCUCGAACAGUUAACAACUUGGCACAAUAGUCACUGUGUUUUCAAAGGCUGGAAAAGACAACUUGGAAGCAGUGACAUCACUUGUGUAAAGGACAUUAUGUAAGGUGCCAUCUGGAGUAAUUGCUGCUUAAAGCCUUUGGCUCAAGUGCACCCAGUGACAAAAAUCAACUUCAUUGAAACUUUUCAGUAUCAAUUGAUAAUCAUGUUUGAUUUAUGGUAACAAAAUGUCAAUAUUAUAACAUUAGGUACAGAUUAAUCAGAUCCAGUAGAAGCACAAUGAUCUAUUUUGUCACUGGUAUUAAUCAGUUUUUAUUAGACUGAACCAAAGCGCAGUCAGGUCCACGAGGUGUGUACAUGAACGGACUGGGUCUCAAAAGGGUUUGUUGUAAAUAUGACCUUAGUUUUUAAUACAUGCAUGACACUCCUACAGAUGGGAAUUUCUACACUGGUGUUGCUUUGCUGAACCUUCACAAUUUUGUUUUCUAAACAUUAUGAAAAAACGAGUUUUUAAAUGUUUGUAUGCUAAUAGUUGUCUCUGUAGUUCCUCUUGAUCCCUCAAUCAAUCAAUGGUUUUUCUUUUUGUUGUUGUUGUGGGGUUAUGUGAGCUUUGCAGUUUUUUUUUUGUUUGUUUUUUCGACUAGGUGAUCGACAAACAGCUCCGCCCCAAGUUUUUAUGGUAACUAAGGUUUCACUUGCUGUUGGUUCCACAGUGCUGGGGCCAGUUGCUUGUUUGCAUGAGAUAAGACUGAUGAAUGCAUGAAGCAGAUAUUAAGACAACGGUCAGGUUGAAAUUGUGGGUAAAAAUGGACAAUACAGUAUUACUCCUUUAGUUCAAUCUAAAAGUAUACUUCAAUCAUGUUGAUCAUUUAAAAUUGGUAUUAAUGGAUAAAAGUCACUUUCCAAAUAUUUCUGGACCUACUGUGUUGGUCCAUCCUUCCACUGUAUUUAUACAGUGCAGUACACGGCAAAGUAAAUAUACAAUAAUGCAUAUAUUGUUAAUUGCUCUUCUCAACAAAAUGAUGAUCACUAUCAUUGAAAACGCCAACUUAGUUUUCAAU